AAUUGUCAUUCGACUUGCUUGUAGCAUAUUUGUUUAGAAUUUUUAUUUUGAAAUAAAAAAUACUUUAAUAAAAGUAUACUCGACUUAGUGUAAAAACUCGUUUAGAAAUGACCUAGCAAGAUGAAUAAAAAAGUCAGUGGAAAUACUGCGAAAAAAGAGCGGACUGGUGAUAAUUGCCGCCCAUUCAAAUUAGCUCACCAGAUAUUAAGUUUAACAGGAAUAAGUUUCGAGAGAAGAAGUGUAAUUGGUUUUGUUGAACUCACCAUAGUGCCGUUAAAGGAUAAUUUAAGGUAUAUUCGUUUAAACGCUAAACAGUGUCGCAUAUACAGAGUGUGCCUAAAUGAUCAAUAUGAAGCAAACUUCCAGUAUUUUGAUCCUUUCUUGGAUAUAUGUCAAAAUGAUCCCAAUACGAGAUCUUUGGAAGUUUUCUCCCAGUUUCAUCUAUCAGCAGCUCAGAAAAUAGACCCUGAUCACAAUUCUGGCGAGCUUCACAUCCAAGUACCAGAUGAAGCAGCUCAUUUGGUUGGUGAAGGGAGGGGACUCAGAAUUGGUAUUGAGUUUUCUUUAGAGUCUCCUCAAGGGGGAAUGCACUUUGUUGUUCCCGAAGGAGAGAGUACAUUGGUUGAGAAAUCUGCUCACAUGUUUACAUACGGCCACUCUGCAAGACUUUGGUUUCCAUGUGUUGACAGCUUUGCUGAGCCAUGUACUUGGAAAUUAGAAUUCACAGUAGAUGAGUGUUUAACUGCUGUAUCAUGCGGGGAGUUACUUGAUGUAGUCUAUACACCGGAUCAUAGACGUAAAACAUUCCAUUAUGUAGUUAAUACACCUGCUUGUGCUCCGAAUAUUGCAUUGGCUAUUGGGCCAUUUGAGAUAUAUGUGGACCCACACAUGAAUGAGGUAACACACUACUGCUUACCAAAUUUGCUUCAAAUAUUGAAGAACACGGUGAGAUACCUGCAUGAGGCAUUUGGAUUUUAUGAGGAGACGUUGUCUACAAGAUAUCCAUAUCCAUGCUACAAACAGGUUUUUGUUGAUGAGACUGAACAUGAAGCAACGGCCUACACCACAAUGUCAAUACUGAGCACUCACUUACUUCAUUCGAUUGCAAUUAUUGACCAGACAUACAUAAGCCGAAAAGCUAUGGCCCAAGCUGUAGCCGAACAGUUCUUCGGCUGUUUUAUAACUAUGCAGAAUUGGUCAGAUCUGUGGCUUGCAAAAGGUAUUCCGGAUUACCUAUGUGGACUGUACUCAAAGAAGUGUUUUGGAAAUAACGAAUAUAGAUAUCGGAUUCAUCAAGAACUCCAAGAGGUCGUGCAAUACGAAGAGCAAUAUGGUGGUAUCGUGUUGGAUCCUUGGCAGCCGGCAGCGAGUGGCGCACGCGUCGAAUCCAAAGACGUCUUCUACUUCCCCGUGAGGAAUGUCAAUACUAUGUCACCGCAUUAUACAGAGGUUAUGCGUAAAAAGUCCCAUUUGGUUCUCCGUAUGUUAGAACAAAGGAUAGGCCAAGAGUUAUUACUGCAGGUUUUCAAUAAACAAUUGUCGUUGGCGACAAAUGCUGCCAAUACUAAAAUAGGCAGUGGCCUCUGGGGUCACUUGUUGCUGUCAACUAAUUUGUUCGUGAAAGCUAUUUUUACGGUGACCGGAAAAGAUAUGGCCGUGUUUGUGGACCAAUGGGUGAGGACGGGAGGGCAUGCCAAGUUUCAGUUGACCUCUGUUUUCAAUAGGAAAAGAAAUACAGUGGAACUAGAAAUACGUCAAGACUCCGUACACGAGCGCGGUAUACGUAAAUAUGUCGGUCCGUUGCUCGUGCAGCUACAAGAGUUAGACGGUACAUUCAAGCACACAUUGCAAAUUGAGAAUACAGUUGUGAAAUCCGAUAUAACGUGUCACAGUAAGAGUAGGAGAAAUAAGAAGAAGAAGAUUCCUCUUUGUACCGGAGAGGAGGUCGACAUGGAUUUGUCAGCAAUGGACGACUCCCCGGUACUAUGGAUUCGCUUAGAUCCCGAGAUGUCUCUUCUACGUAGCACUGUCAUAUCGCAGCCGGACUACCAAUGGCAGUACCAAUUACGUCACGAGCGUGACGUCACGGCGCAGAGUGAGGCGAUCGACGCCCUUCAUAAUUACCCAGAGCCAGCUACGAGGAUGGCCCUAACUGAUGCUAUAGAGAAUGAACAGACUUUCUAUAAGAUUAGGUGUAGGGCCGCGCAUUGUUUAACUAAGGUGGCAAAUGCAAUGAUAAGCACAUGGGCCGGUCCACCCGCGAUGCUGACAAUAUUUCGUAAAAUGUUUGGUUCCUUCUCCGCACCUCACAUCAUAAAACAGAACAAUUUUGACAAUUUACAACAUUAUUACUUACAAAAAACCAUUCCAGUUGCCAUGGCAGGUCUAAGAAAUAUACACGGCAUAUGUCCCCCGGAGGUGGUUCGGUUUCUUCUGGAUCUGUUUAAAUAUAACGACAAUUCGAAGAACCACUUCUCAGAUAACUACUAUCGCGCAGCUUUAGUUGACGCGUUGGCUGCUACUAUCACUCCAGUCAUAUCAGUUCUCCAACCGGGUGCUCCUAUAACUGCUGACUCAUUAUCAGCAGACACAAAAUUAGUUUUAGAAGAAGUAACUCGAGUACUCAACUUGGAGAAAGUGUUGCCAUGUUACAAAAAUACGGUGUCAGUGAGCUGUCUGCGUGCGAUACGUCGUUUGCAGCAGUGUGGCCAUUUGCCGAGUAUUCCCACUGUUUUUCGUGCGUAUGCUCAGUAUGGACAGUAUAUUGACGUGAGGUUAUCGGCUUUUGAAUGUCUCGUGGACUUUGUGCGUGUGGAUGGAAAGCCGGAGGAUCUGUCGAAUUUACUGACAGCUGUCGAAAGUGAUCCCGAUCCGGGAGUAAGGCAUGGCUUGGCCAGAUUGCUGGUUUCGAUGCCGCCUUUUGAACGUGCGCAAAGACAUCGACUUGAUACAGAAGCUGUGGUACACAGAUUGUGGAACAAUAUGAACAGCCAUCUCUCAAAUGAUGCCAGGUUAAGAUGUGAUUUAGUAGACCUCUAUUAUACUUUAUACGGAUUGAAGAGGCCCCUGUGUGUACCCCUACCAGAGAUACAGGCGAUGAUGAAACACAUGCAUAGCAAAGAGAGGGAGAGAGUCGAGAGAGAAAAAGAAAGAAUUGAAAGAGAGAAAGAGAAGCAGAGGGAAUUGGAUCUAAAGGCCGUUAUCAAGCAGGAGAUUGAUGAUAUAAUAAUAAAACGCGAACCGGAAAUAAUGGAUCCAUUGCCGCUGGAUCCGGCAAGAGAUCUUCCAAUACCGGUGUCAAGUAUCAAAGAGGAAGAUGACAAAGUGGAUAUAAUGAGUAUCAAUGAUGACGCAAUGGGAUAUAAGGAAGAAAGCAAGCGUGACAUGUUAUCGGAUAACGCAGCCCCACUACCGGGUAUACCCGGGUCAUCCGGUCCGAUCGGGUUCGAACCGGGCAUGUUUAGACACGAUAAAGACGAUCUUGGAGUACCUAAGGCUAAGAAGAAAAAGAAAGAGAAGAAGAAACAUAAGCACAAACAUAAACACAAGCAUAGUAGCAAAGACAAACUAAAGGAGCACAAAGACAAACUGUCCCGUCCGUCAUCCACAGAUGUUCUCAAAAUCAAAGAAGAGACGCGAGAGACCCUCAGCUCAUUCAGUUCAAGCCAAAGUCCCUCGGAGGAUAUAUCUAUGCCCAUGAAUCUAAGUUUUUAAUUAUAUGUAAGGAUAAUAAAGUUUUAUAAUGACGAGAUAUUAAAUGGUAUUUAAUUAA